UUUUAUGCUUCCGGUUUCCAGACCUUGGCGUUGCUCGUUGAAGGUGUCGUCCACCGAAUUGUAUUUAUUCAUAAUAAUGAACAUUUUUUUACACGCAUAAACGCACUAUUAUGUCAAAGUAGAGUAUUACUAGAACACACUAGUGUCUUAGCCAGAGUAUGUUCUGGCCAUAAAGUUCUUGACCGACAUGUUAGUACUAAUUUAGCCUCACGUCCGCUAAUGCAUCGCACAUCCGUUUGUCAUAUUUUGAGCAAAAUAUGUUUUUCGGACGUCGACGUCGGGAGAAGCAACUCGACGACGAGCACUGAUGUUAUCCCAGAUGACUCACGGAAGCCGGAGAGCGACUUUAAUGACAACCGUCACCUGAGCCAAAGGCCGACCAAGACUUUCACCCUGGAUGUUUUGGUGUCUCUGCUGCGCCAGGAGAACGCAGAAGAAAUCUGUGUGAUUAAAAUACCAGAGCACAUCAAAUACGCCCAGUACUUCAUCGUGGUGAGCGGCGUAUCACCCAGACACCUCCGCGCUAUGGCCCUUUAUGCCGUCAAAGUGUACAAAUUCCUGAAGGAAGAUUACCAAUUUCACGUGAAGAUUGAAGGAAAGGCUGCGGAAGAUUGGCUGUGUAUCGACUUUGGGAAUAUGGUCGUCCACUUCAUGCUUCCGGAGACAAGAGACGUGUAUGAACUGGAGAAACUGUGGACUCUGCGCUCCUACGACGAACAACUGAGGAGAAUGCCUGAUGAGAAGCUUCCAGAAGAUUUUAUAUUUGAUCUUGGAGACGAUAAAUUAUAAGCAUAACUUCUUGCAUGUAUAUUUGUCUUUCACUUUGCCAUGGGAACUUUGUCAAAUCAUGUUUAAAAUAAAGUGAUAUUUUCUUAAA